AUGGAAGAAAGCCAUUUGAUCGGCGACGAUUUGCCGCUACCACCCGCUCGACUUUUUGAACGUCUCGGCCAUCUACCCGGCUAUACCUGGGACCAGUCGGUUGAGCCGUUUCACUCGACCUAUAAUCAUUGGCAUAUCUAUGGGUUCCGUCAUGCGAUCGAAUCGGAUAUUUUGACUCCCGUCGCAACCUCCUCCAACCCGAUUUCCUCAGGGCCAUCCAGUCUCGCUCGCUACUCACCACGAACCGAGCUUCGCCCAUCCUCGCGCACACCACGAAGAGCUAGCAUCAGCGAAACUAGCAGCGAACUGUCACUCUCGCGAGGUGACCAGGAACAGAUAUGGCUCCCCGUUGUCGCACGCGUUUCUACGAAUGUCAUUAGCCUCGAACGGGAGUUUCACAUGAUCAGGUCCAUUGUGCAAUCUUCCGACCCGGACUGUAAUCACACAAUAAGGCCUAUUGACUUAAUACGACUACCUCCAGACCCAGGGGAUGCGGGAACACUCCUAGUAGCGAUAUUCGAAUCUCCAGGUCAUGACAGGUUGCGAGACCUGGUCACAUUCGGUCCUGCGUCCUUUGUUGCUGGGGCCAAGGGUGAUAACAACACCACACCCAGCGAACAAAUUCCUUUGCCCGCCUUUUUGGAUUUUGCGAUAGGUGCUUGUGACUGCUUGGAAAUUCUGCACUAUGGGGUGAAAACAGUGCAUGGAGAGAUUCGCGGUGAUGCUUUUCACUUCAGCGCUGAGAAUGGGUCUGUGAAACUCGCCAAUGUUGGAAAUGGCGCACGAUCCUUUGACAACGUUUUAAGUGAGGGUUGGUCCUCCGUGUCUCGUGAACUUGGCGCAAAGUACAAAUUACAAUUCAUCGCCCCGGAACAGACCGGCAGAAUGCCCACAGAACCAGACAGUCGCACCGAUAUCUACGCCCUCGGCCUUCUCUUUUGGUCAAUGUUGGUCGGGAAGUUGCCCUUUGCAGGCGCCGACCCCGUCGAAGUUGUUCAAAAUGUGUUGGGCAAGAGGUUGAUUCCCGUCUCCGCGAAGCGACUAGAUGUCCCCGAUGGUCUUUCUGCCGUGGUUCAAAAAAUGACACAGAAGGUGGUCCAUGAGCGAUACCAUACGAUAUCCUCGGUCAAGAGGGACUUGAUGCAGAUAGCGCAAUUGUUGGGCGACGGGGAAAGCGAAGCAUUGAACAACUUCCAAGUCGCGCAAGGCGAUGUGUCGUCGUUCUUCACUCUACCGUCUCAGAUGUUUGGGCGUCAGAAAGAAUACGAUAUGAUCUUGAACGUGAUUCAAAAGGUGAAUAAGCGUCAAGCAUCUGCCUUUGCGAAAGCAUUCACCCAAAGCCCUGGAACUGCGCAUGCACUCGCCUCCAACUCUUCUAUCUCAGAAGGGCGUGUGGAUAGCUUCGAGCUUGCAUCCGUCUCUAGCGACUCUGGGUCUUUUCAUUUGCCCCCAAGGACAAAUUCCAAUGCUACCAGUCAUCAGCUGUCUCAAGUCAGCACCCCUGAUUCUGGAGCAAAUAGUGACGUGACGUUUCAAACCUCGAAGCAGGUCCAGACGCCAACCAGUCAGGACAUGCCUUCUCAGACAUCAGCCCUACCGCUCUCCAGCAAAAUGAAAAGUCCAUCACAUUCUCGUUCCUCCUAUAACACGGACCGAGAAAGUCACCCAUCCAUUGGCACUAAUACCAGUCAGCCAUCGACUCAUACUUUCAGCCAAUCCGAGUCCAUGGGUUCCCUUUCAAAGACAAAGGCUGGAGCAAAGUAUCGCCGGAGCGGACGAUGUGAAGUCAUUACGAUCAGUGGAGCUGCAGGAAUUGGCAAAACAGAUCUUCUGAAUAGAGUACAGCCCAUUAUCCGCAAGUCGGGUUAUAUUGCCAUCACACGCCUGGACCGAGCCAAGCGAGUCCCCUUUGAACCAUUUGCCAAAAUCCUCGCCAGUCUUCUGCGCCAAAUCUUCUCCGAGCGUGACGUGACUACAGAUUAUCAUGACAGCGUUCGAAGUGCCUUGCGGCCUAUGUGGCCAACUCUCCAUAAAGUGCUAGACCUCCCGGAGCAGCUAAUGUCCCCCGGGUCGAAGUACAGCCAAAAUUCACCGAAGCCUUCAAUUGCCCAAAACAUAGCCAAGGCUGAUCGUGCCAAGAAUGAGCGGACUAAACGUUUCCAAAUCCCUGGUAUGGACCAUGGCCAAACAUCAGCCGAAUUCUUCUUGUCAAACGCUGCCUCGAACAAUAUGCGGUUGAUGGACAUAUUUAUCGAGAUUUUGAGAACACUCUGCCAGUUCCAAUUGAUGGUAGUGUGUCUAGAUGAUCUUGAAUACGCCGAUGAUGAGACUUUGGAACUAAUCUUGAACAUCAUCCGCGCGAAAUUGCCCUGCGUACUCAUUCUUACUAGUCGCAAGGAUGAGAUUGCACCAGACAAUGUCAGGGCGCUCUUUGAGGCUGAAAACUCCAACAUCACGCAGCUCGAGCUUCAGCCACUUAGCGAAGCAGAAAUUAUGGAGUUUGUGGCUGCAGCAAUGCAUCAGGCUCCCAAUCCAACGCUGACGCCUUUGUCAGCGGUGGUUCAAGAGAAGAGUCAAGGAAAUCCGUUCUACGUGAGAGUCAUGCUCGAAACUUGUUACAGGAAGAAUUGUGUUUGGUAUUCUUGGAAGGACUCUAAAUGGCUCUUCGACCUUGAUCGCAUAUUUACAGAAUUUGUGGCUCCUGCGUAUGGCGAGGGACUUGGACCCGGCUUCCUCACCAAGCGGCUUCAAGAGAUUCCACCCGCUGCUCGGUCUAUCCUGGUUUGGGGUGCCCUUUUGGGAAGCCCGUUCUCUUUCUCGUUGGUUCAAAAGCUUCUAACCAGUGAAUUCCUGUUCUCGUCCGACGAAGACGACGAUGAGGGAUUCGAUCUCACAUGUCCCCAAAAUGCCACAUUGCUCAGACAAUCCGAAGGCGACAUCGUCGUUGGGUUGCAGUACUUGGUUCAGUCAAACCUUCUCAACCCAGGGAAAACCGAUGACGAGUUCAAAUUCGGAAACGACCGGCUUGCGCAGGCUGCGCUUUCUUUGAGUGAGAGCCGCAAUGUGGAGAAAAUGCACUUCAUCAUUUCACAAGCCUUGAUGAAGUAUUAUCAUGACCAUCGCAGUCGCUACUCCAUGGCCCAUCACGUGGCACUCUCGUCGCGUAUACUCAAAUCUCGCGUCCCUCGGCGCAUUGACUAUCGACGGAUUCUGUGGGAGGCUGGGCAAAUUGCCGCCCAGUCUGGUGCUCGUCCAAGCGCCCUUUGGUACUUCCGCCACUGCAUUGCGCUUCUUCAGGAUGAUCCUUGGAAUGACCGCCAAGUCGACGUCUACUAUGACGAGACCAUGCGCCUUUACAUCGCGACCGCCGAAAUGUCGUGGUCCCAAGGCCAGAAUGAAGAAGCCCUCGACCUAAUCGAGGCAGUAUUUGCUCACGGAAAGGACGCAAUGAGCAAGUCACGGGCUUGGAUCAUCAAAGCCAAAAUCUAUGCACAGGUCGGAGAUCAUCAUCGAUCAAUGGAAUCUUUACUCACCUGCCUUGAUGAGCUUGGUGUCCAUCUCCGCACGCCUACGUCAUUCGAAGAAUGUGACGCUGCCUACCUGAAACUCAAGAAUCAUCUUGAAUCUGCCGACAUGGAAGCUAUUGCUCAGAAGCCCAUCAGCAAGGAUCCCAUUUUGGUGACCAUUGGAGCCGUCAUGGCCGAGGCGAUGGCUGUCACCUACUGGGAUGACUCAUUGACAUUCUAUCGCAUGGCCAUUGAAACGAUGAACAUUCAUAUUUUCCGAGGCGGGUUCACUCACAUAUCGAUUGGAUGCUCACAUCUUGCAAUGAUUGCCCUCAGUCGCUUCAAAGACGUUGAAUUCGGGUUUAGGCUCAGCGACUUCGCGCUUUCCCUCCUAGAGCGCUGCCCGGAACUUUGGACUCAAAAUCGAGGCUCCAUUGUGUAUAACCUAUACGUGAGCCAUAUGCGUGUCCCCAUGGCAUCGGCGCUGCCUGCACUGGAAGCAUCCUUGGAGGCAUCUUUCACAAUCGGUGACCCGUACAUUACCUUGAUCAGUAUCUCCUCAAUGGCAAUGACUAGACUGUAUCUGGGUCAAGAUAUGGCUCAACUUGAGGCAUUCUGCCUGGACAGCCCUGAAGAAAUCCCGAAUUGGACACAAGACACGCGUGGGGGUGCCAGCAUUCUCGCAGUCAGACAAGUGGCUCGCGCUCUGCAGGGAAAGACGGAGUAUCGGAGUGCGGACAACGUUCUGUCAGAUGAUGAGCACAGGACAAGUGAAUACAUGGCCUACCUGGAUGCUCAUGCCAGCAAUGUUGACAGACCCCGUGACAUCUACUUUGGCCUCGCUAUGAUCCCGUUGUUCUUGUUCGGCCACCACACCAAAGCGAUCCAGGUGGGCACCCGGUUGCUUGAGACAACACACCGACUGUGGUCUGCGCGUGUCUCAUAUGUGGUGUACUUCUACCUGUCGCUGUCACUCUUAACUCUGCACAACGACAACCCUGCCCAGGGAUACCUUGACGGCAAAAUGGAUACGGUCCUUCGAUACAAGGCCGAGAUCGAUUUUGCCCGAAGCUGUUCCGAUGCAAACUAUGGCAUGUGGGCGUUGCUUGUGGAGGCCCUCAUAUCUGAGCUACGGAAUGACCACAGCGCUGCCAUUCAGUCUUACGAAGCUGCGAUCGACCAUUGCCAGGUUCAUGGAUGGCUCUUGGAGGAGGCGCUUGCCCUCGAAUUGCAAGGAGAGUUCCUUGUCCGGCGCGGAGCUAAGAGAGCUGCACGUGCCGUGAUGCAAGAGGCUAUCUCCGCAUGGAGCUCCAUCAGUGCCAGUGGAAAAGCUGCCAUGAUUGCAGAGAAACACGAGUGGUUACUCAAGACAGCAACCUCUGCCAGAACAAUGGAUAUUGGGUGUCAGACUGUUGACUCGCUACUCGAAAUUACACGGGACGCCGUCCAGGAAGAAAUCGUGAUCCCUUCGCAAAUCGAGGAAGAGGAUAGGCGGCAUCGCUGGAUCGAACAGAAUGGCGUCACAACCGGCGAGAGAUCCUUGGACAUCUCGAGUGUGGGCCUCGACAUUAUUGAUCUUUCCAGUAUUUUGGAAUCUAGCCAGGUCAUGUCAUCUGAGCUUCAAAUCGACAAGCUCUUCACCAAGAUGCUGGAGAUUAUCCUGGACUCAUGUAACGGCUCUGAUUUUGCUGUCAUCGCCACCGACUUUGACGAGCAGGGCUUUGCAAUUGCCGCAGCGGCGGAUGCUGACAAGGGCCAAAAAUAUUUCCCAGAGGGUCUUCCGCUCUCAGAAUUGGAAGGUCGAAUGGCUCAAGAGAUUACCUAUUAUGUCAUGCGUACGAAGGAAGAGGUCCUUGUCCAUAAUGUUCUGGAAGACGAGCGCUUUUCCAACGUGAACGAGAGCUAUCAAGCCAAUUUCCCAUUGGGUCGAUCUGUCAUUGCUUUGCCUAUUGUUCAGGCAGAUCAACUCCUUGGAGUUAUUCACCUUGAAGGAAAGCCUAAUUGGUUCACACAACGGAAUGUCGUUGUGCUCCAUCUUCUUUGCAACCAGAUCGGCAUCUCCUUGUCCAACGCGUUGCUCUUCCGUGAGAUUCGCAAGGUCAGUGCCAAGAAUGCUUCGAUGAUCGAAUCUCAGAAGCGAGCUCUCGCACAAGCACGCGAGGCGGAGCAGAAAGCAAAGGUAGCAGAGGCCGAAGCCAAACACAACGUCAAGCUGAAGGAUGACGCCGCUCGAGCCAAGUCCAUAUUCCUGGCCAACAUCUCCCACGACCUGCGAACUCCAAUGAACGGUGUGAUUGGUCUGUCGGAGUUGCUCAAAGGCACCACCCUCGACAAAGAGCAGGACGAAUAUGUUGAGUCCAUCCGUGUCUGCGCUGACACACUCCUUACACUCAUCAACGACAUACUCGAUUUCUCCAAGUUGGAAGCCGGUAAGAUGAAGAUAUCUACGGUUCCGCUCAACCUGAAAGAGACGAUUUCUGAGGUGAUUCGCGCUCUUCGGUACACUCAUAGGGAGCGAGGGCUGCAAACAAUUGAGGAUCUGGAACGCGUGCCUCCUGAACUCGUCGUUCUUGGCGACCCCGUUCGUCUCCACCAGAUCUUCAUGAACUUGCUAAGCAACAGCUACAAGUUCACUCCUAAAGGCUCCAUCACUGUCAAAGCAAAGGUCGCCAGAGAAGGGAAGGGCCGUGUCCGCUUGGAAUGCUCCGUAUCUGAUACUGGAAUUGGUAUUCCAGAUGAGCAAAAGGCCCGACUCUUCCGGCCUUUCUCCCAGGCCGAUCCAUCCACUGAACGGUCAUACGGUGGCAGUGGACUGGGUCUCAGCAUUUGCAAGGCCAUCAUCGAGGAUGUUCUCGGCGGCGCCAUUUGGUUAGAUUCAACCUUGGGGGUUGGAACCACGGUGACAUUCCAUCUGGUCUUCAACAAGGCACCAAAGAAAACGGCCGUGAAGACACCAUGGGCCCAGGAUCUCAGCCACGCAGAAGCCAAGGAGCCCCCCCGAGCCAAAGCACGCGACCUUUCUCACAUCCCACGUGACCAAAUCCGAGUCUGUAUUGCCGAAGACAAUCCCAUCAAUCAGAAGAUCGCAGUCAAGUUCGUCACCAGCCUCGGCCUUCAGUGCGAGGCAUACAGCGACGGAAAGCAAGCCGUGGAUGCCUUGCGCGCGAAAUCCAAAGAGGGCAAUCCAUUCCACGUAGUCCUGAUGGAUGUCAUGAUGCCCACUCUCGAUGGCUACAAUGCCACUCGUGAACUGCGGCGCGACCCAGAUCCCAACGUCAACGAAGUCCUCGUCAUCGCCAUGACCGCCAGCGCCAUCGAGGGCGACCGAGAAAAAUGUCUUGAUGCUGGCAUGAACAACUACCUUCCCAAACCGGUGCGAUCUCCCAUCCUGAGCGAACUGCUGGACAAGUAUCUCGCACCGGUCCCACACCCACGCACCCGCCUGGCAAUUCGCGAAAAGAGCUCCAGAGGCAGCAUUAGCUUUGAUGCGGGCACACCUACCGGUUUCUCCUCGUCGGGUUCGGAUGAAGCUCAGAAGCAUCCGCUACCGCCCACGUCGGAGCAAAAAUGA